AUGCUUCGACUUGACGGGAAAAUUGCCCUUAUCACCGGUCUCGGGCAAACGAGCGAUGAUGGCUGGGGCAUCGGGGCUGCGAUCGCGAUGAAACUCUCACAGCAAGGAGCAAUUAUCUUUGGAGGAAAUCGCACAUUGGCGGCUGCUGAAAGGACCAAAGCACGGAUCGAGGCUGGUGGUGGCAUUUGCGAUAUUCAGCAAACAGAUGUUACCGGUUUCGAGUCCACCAAAGCUCUAGUUGACGCCUGUCUCGCAAAGCACGGUCGUAUCGACAUUCUGAUAAACAAUGUUGGAAAGUCAGAGCCUGGUUGUCCAGCUACCAUGCAAGAAGAGAUAUGGGAUCAGCAGGUUGAUCUCAACCUGAAAAGUAUCUACCUGACGACUCACUUUGUUCUCCCCAUUAUGGAGAAACAAGAGACUGGCGGCGCAGUGAUCAACGUCUCGAGUAUUGCAGGACUACGAUACAUUGGGAAGCCUCAAGUCGCCUAUUCAGCCACCAAAGCUGCCAUUAUGCAGUUUACUAAAGCAACUGCUGUGAUAUACGCCGACCGAGGAGUAAGGCUGAAUACAGUCGUUCCAGGCUUGAUCUACACGCCGUAUACUCGCGCGCUUGCCAAGAGAUACGCCCCUGGAGGUGAUGAAGAAAGCUAUAUGAAAAUGCGCGAUGAUCAGGUUCCGAUGAAGAAAAUGGGAGAUGCUUGGGACGUUGCCAAUGCCACUCUGUUUCUUGCAGCCGAUGAGUCGCAAUAUAUUACAGGACAGGAACUAGUGGUGGACGGUGGAAUCACGUCCUCAACAGGAAGAGUGUAA